AUGAGAGAAAAGCCCCUUAGAGAGAUAAGAGUAGUGAGGAGUUUUCUGAUAACAAAUCAAUUCACAAUGAUGAAGUCUAACCAAAUGGGUGUUUAUUGCACAAAUUCAAAAGGCCAGACUGGGUAUACAGGAUUAGCACAUGAAACGCAACAUUGGGCAUGUGUCAACGGAACACCAUACGUUCCUGCGAGUACCUACAAGGCUGGUACAAGUGGAGGUAUGUUAAGUAGAAUUCUUAUCUUGGUAAUGUUGCUAAUUAAUACGGUUUUCGGUAUCUAA